AUGUUGCAUCCUCUUGUUGGUAGACUGUUAGCACAACCUCAGACUUCGGAAAUGAAUGUAAAGAGAUACGAAAAUAUUAUAUCGGUUGAGUCCAACGAAUGGAUAGGGGAUCAUCGUAUCGGUGAGUUUACAAUAAUUCCAGCCGCAGGGUUUCUGGAGAUGACUUUGGCGUCGCGUUACCUAACACUAGACAGCGACAGGCGAAAUUUGGACCAUUUCACAAUUGAAAAUUUUAGUGUCGUCAACCCCGGCCUUGUUACAGCAAAGGCAACAACGUAUCACACCGUCUUGGAGGGCAAUAUAGUUAAAAUUUUCAGCCUUGUGGAUACGGAUAUAUGGAUACAACAUUCCGAGGGUACAAUUACUGAAUCUUGGUCGCAGAAUUUAAACGGUGCUAAGGAUCUCUUUCCAUUAUCCGAAAAUAACAACACACCGUCAUCACCCUCAAUGGAGGAGCAAUACAAAAGCUUUGACGCAGAAGGAUAUCAUUUUGGACCAGCCUUUAUAAGCAUUAAAACUCGAUGGGCUGAUAAGAAAUUAAACGAGUAUGCAGAAUGCAAACUCGACCAAACUCACGUUGGUGGGAAAUUCAUAGUGCAUCCAAUAGUCUUAGACAGUAUGCUGCAGUUUGCUAUAAUGUCCGUGAGAAACAAAUCAACCUUUCAGGGUGCCAUUUUACUUCCUGUCGCAAUUCGACGUCUAACUGUUUACAAUAUGAAACACGUUAACGAACAAACUGAUUCGCCUUUACAAUUCUACCUUAAAAGAUGUCAUGAAACUCAAGCAAUACAUUUAUACAAUUCAACCGGCAAAGCGUUAGCGUCAAUGGAGGGAAUUGACCUUCUUCCAACAAGAUUGACCAGCUUAGACGAAAAGCUAAAUUCCCGACUUAAUCGGAUUAGACGGUCCACAUUGUUUGAAUUGGGGUGGCGGGAAGAUUCCAUUGUACCAAAAUUGUCAAUGCCAAUUUCGUUAAAAGUGGAACAACCAAGAAAGUGGCUGAUUUUCGGAUUGCACGACACCUUCACAAGAGACUUGAUGCAACAGCUCAGCUCAUCCGGGACAACUGUUACAUUAGUUGCAAUUGGAUCAAAUAAAAGAAUGUCAACCGAAUAUAUUGAAACGAUGGGGGACAGCAAGGAGGCAUUCAUGAACAUAUUAUCACAAUUUCCUACAUUUGAAGGAGUAAUCUUUGCGUGGGGAUUGAACUCGAUUUUACAUCAUUCAAUAAUUGAAAAAUGGUUUUAUCUACUUCAAGCAAUCGCCUCGACUCCAAUGAAUUUAUCGGAGUUAUUGCUUCUAAGCAAAGGGACACAAUGUGUCUCGAUGAAUGUUGAGGAGUUCGUGGAACAGCCAACGGCGAGUUUACUUAUAGGAAUGUUUCGUUCAUUUAAAUCCGAAAAUUCUAGCCUAAAUUGCAAAUUGGUUGAUCUGGAUACCUUAAAUCACGAGAAUAUUGAAAAUGUUAUUCAGGAAAUAUCUGAAAACCCAAGCGCAGAAAGUGGGGGUAAUAGUAUUUGCUACAGAGGAGGAGUUCGGCUAACCCAACAAUUGAUGAAGGUUAAACCUUCUCACUUUCUUGAGCUACCACAAACGCCAAGUUUUCGUCUACAGCUUCCCAGUUCAAAGCUGAUUUCAGAUCUAAAGUUUAUCGGCGUGAAUCAGGUUGCUCAUUUGGGGGAUACCGAACUAGAAAUCAAAGUUAAAGCUUAUUCGUUGAACUUUCGUGAUAUAUUCGCAGUACUAAAACCAUCACAAACCUUUGACAAAAUCGAUAUUAUUGGAGCAGAUUUUUCGGGAGAAAUUAGCCGAGCUGGAAAUGCCGUACACAAGUUCCAAGUUGGGGAUAUGGUGUUUGGAUGUCAUAACCAAAACGUGGCACUAUCUUCGCAUAUUAUCACCUCUGAAAAAAUGGUAUCGAAGUUAGCACAGUCCUUAACCCACGAAGAAGCGUCGACAUUGCCAACUGUUGGCUUGACCGUAUAUCCAUGCCUACACAUUGUUGCUAAGAUGAAGAAAGGAGAUACAAUCCUAAUCCAUGCAGCUUCAGGAGGGGUUGGACUAGCCGCUGUGCAAUUUGCAAAUUCAGUUGGAGCAAAUGUCAUAGCCACAGCGGGAAGUGCGAGAAAACGAGCGUACCUGAAGCACAUCAUUGGAAUAAAGCAUGUAUUCAACUCGAGGAACUUGUCAUUCGAAUCUGACGUAAAAGCUGCAACCAGAGGAGCUGGGGUGGACAUCGUUCUUAACUCUUUAACAGGGGCGGGGUUUAAGGAAGCAUCUCUAAAUUGUCUUGUGAAGGGGGGCAGAUUUGUCGAAAUGAGUAAAAUCAACGUUUGGACAGAAGAAGACUGCCUUUCACUUCGGCCGGAUGUCAAAUAUUCCAUUGAAGAUUUUACUUAUUCAGCCGAAAAUACAACCCUAAUGUCCCACCUAGAAACCGUUGCAACGGAAUUAUUGCAGCCUUUACCUUACACUCGAUUCGAUUCCAAGGAAAUAGUGGAUGCAAUGCACUUCUUGGAAAAAGCUAAACAUAUUGGCAAAGUAGUUGUUAGUAUGCCGGACAAAGAAAAUACACUAUUUAGUGACCAACGAAGUUAUCUCAUAACUGGAGGAUGUGGCGGAAUAGGCUGGGAAUUAAUGAAAUGGAUGUUGCUGAAUGGUGCAAAUCGAAUUGUCCUAAUGAGUAGAAAUAUUCCAAGCUCAGAGCGCCAGGACGAGAUUAAUGAGCUGAAAAAUCGCGGCUACAACAUCGUUUGGAGAUGUGGCGACGUAAGUAAGCUGUCUGACUGCGAAUCUAUAUUUUCCUGGAUAACGGAGCAAUUCCCUCAAUCACCACUUCGAGGCAUAUUUCAUUGCGCUGGAGUUAUGUCUGAUGCCACAUUCCUCAACCAGACCAAGGAAACGUUGGAGAAAGUUCUGAACCCAAAAUUCCAUGGAGGUUGGAAUCUUCAUGAACUUUCUAAACAUUUAGAUCUCCAGCAUUUUGUACUCUUUUCGUCGAUUACUUCACUAAUUGGAACUCCUGGGCAGGGGAAUUAUGCAGCUGCUAAUGCAUUCUUAGAUGCACUCUCCCAUUACCGACACGCUUUAGGCCUUCCAGCUAUUUCUUUGAACUUUGGACACUGGGGAGAAGUUGGGCUAGCUGCGGGACAACAUAUUUCCGGGCUUCACCCCAUCUCCACGAAGCAAGCUUUGGAUGCCUUAGAAGUUGCUUUAAAGUCAAAGUCCAAUCAACUUUGUCCAGUUGCAAUGAAUGUUCCCAAAUUGGUACAACGAAUUCCUUGGAUUAAAAACUUUUUAGUAAAUAUCCUGGAAUCAGAGGGCAGCCAGAAAGGAAAAACGGAUGGGUUAAAAAAAAUUGACUUCGUCACCUCCGAAAUGUUUUGGCAUGAGGUUGAAGCCUGCAAUAGCGAAAUUGAUCGUACUUCCGUAAUUCGUAACCAUGUCGAAAGGAUUAUAUCUUCAGUUCUUGAAUUGGACCAAAACAGUGGGAUCAAUCGAAAAUUUUCUGAGCUAGGAUUGGAUUCAUUAAUGAUGAUUGAGAUUAAAAACCAAAUAUCCACCUUCCUUGGCGGAAAUGUGCAUAUGAGUCUUAACGAAUUUGCCGACAGUGAGGACCUUGAGAGUCUGGUUAACUUCAUCUCGAAACUUGUUGAAUCUUGGGUCUAUCCAAAACAGGCUGAUAUCUGA